AUGGCGGAGGCCAAGACCACCGCGCUGGACACCAGCGUGCUACCGAAGGCGGUUCACCAGGACUCCUUCCGGAGCGACGAUGAGAAGAGCUCGCUGAAGGACAAGGAGGCGGGCGUUACGAAGGUUGUGUCGUCUGACGAUGAUUUGGCGCGAUAUGGAGACGUCUAUGAGGAUGUCCGCCAGAUAGAUUUAGGCGACGAUGGGAAGGAGCGUGCUGUCGAAACCGACUUCGACUGGGCCGUUCGCUUGUGUUCCCUCGAGGAUGACCCGACACAACCUGUCUGGACAUUUCGACUAUGGUUCAUCUCUAUCGGUCUAUCCUGCUUCGGUGCCGUCCUGAGCCAGAUCUUCGCUUUCCGCCCCCAAACCAUUUACGUCUCCCAGCUCUUCCUCCAAACCUUCGGCUUCGUCCUCGGCAAGAUCUGCGAAUACGUCCUCCCCGGCCCCAACCACACCCUCCCCUCCAUGCGCACGCCCAACAACGCCUUCUGGCGCUUCAUCAACCACGGGCCCUACAACAUCAAAGAGCACACGGGCUCGCUCAUCAUGUCCGCCGCCGCGGUGCACGGCGCGCUGGCGAUCCAGAUUUUCGUGGUCGACGAUUUGUUCUACAAUCGGCACCUAAACCAUGCGAAUGCGAUCUUCACGCUGCUGGGGAGUCAGUUGUUGGGGUAUGGGUUGGGAGGGUUGAUGCGCAGCUUCUUGGUGUAUCCGACGUGCUGCGUGUACCCCAACGUGAUGCCCACCGUGCAGAUGUUCGACGUCCUGCACCGCGGUCAGGACAACUUCCUACAGAAGAAGCGACUCAGGUUUUUCUGGAUACUCUUCAUCGGGAUCUUCAUCUGGGAGUGGUUCCCCGAAUAUAUCGCACCCACCCUGACCGGCGUCUCCAUCUUCUGCCUCGCGCGCCAGAAGAGCCCGUGGGUGACCCGUAUCUUCGGUGGCGCGGCCGGCAAUGAAGGUCUCGGCCUGUUUUCGCUGUGCUUUGACUGGCAGUACGUUGGAUCUGGAGGAUCUGCGUACGGCGCGCUGUUCCAGCCCAUUCAGACGCAAUUGUCGUCGUACUGUGGGCUGGCGCUUUGCAUCAUCAUCUUCUGCGCAUGCUACGCCAACAACGUUUGGAAUGCGCAGCAAUUCCCCUUCCUCAGUCAGCUUCUCUUCAACGAGACAGGCGACACCUACAAUCAAAGUCUCAUCUUGAACGAUGACUACACGCUGAACGCGACAAAGCUGGAGCAAGAGGGCUUGCCCUGGUUCGCGGCGUCGUAUGCCGUCUACAAGAUCGCGACGUCCCUGUCUUUGGGCGCGACAGUCACGCAUAUGGCGAUCUGGCACGGCAAGCAGAUUUGGACUGCGAUCAAGGAGGCUACGUCCGGCGAGAUCAAAGACCCCCACUACCAGAAGAUGAAGGCGUACAAGGAAGUGCCCUGGUGGUGGUACGCCGGCUUCCUCGUCGCGUCCAUCGUGAUGUCCUUGGUCACUUGCUACACGGGCCACUCCCAACUGCCGUGGUGGGCGUUUAUCGUGGCCAUCAUCUUCGCCGCCGUCUUCCUCCCCAUCAUCGCCUUCCUCUACGCAGUUAUCUGCUUUGUCCCGAGCACGGAGGACAUCGCGAAGAUGCUCGGGAGCGCGCUCGUGCCCGGGAGCCCGCACGCGAACAUGUACUUUGCGAUGUACGCGUAUAAUUCGACGGAGCAGGGGCGGUCGUUCACGAGGGAUCUGAAGAUCGGGCAGUAUGUGAAGCUUCCACCUCGUGUGACCUUCACGAUGCAGACCAUCGGCGCGGUUAUUGGCGCGCUUCUGAACUACCUGAUUAUGGCGCUGAUUAUCGAGGCGAAUCGGGAGAUCUUGCUGUCCGUUCAAGGAACGAACGUCUGGUCCGGCGCGACCUACCAGUCGUACAAUAGCGACGCCGUGUCCUGGGGCGCGCUCGGGAAGCACCUGUACUCUCCAGGCUCAAGAUAUGGGAUCAUCCCCAUGUCGAUCCUCAUUGGCCUCAUCGUCCCCAUCCCCUUCUGGCUCCUGCACAAGAAGUUUCCGAAGUGGGGACUGGACCAGGUCAUCACGCCGAUGAUUGCUGUGCAGAUCGGAGGCCUUUCGUCGGGCAUCAACUCGUCGAUCUUUAUGACCUUUUUGUUGUGCUUGGUCAGUCAGUACUGGCUGCGGAAGUACCACCCACGGUGGUUCCGGAAGUACAACUUCCUCAUGUCCGCUGCCCUCGAUGGUGGUACGGAAGUCAUGGUCUUUGUGUGGUCAUUCGCGGUCGGUGGGGCCAGCGGGAAAGCGGUUGACUUUCCUAAAUGGGCUCUCAAUCCCUCGGGCAAUCCUGAUCAUUGCAUGAGGCUCACUUGA